AUGCAGUCAACCCGGUUCCUUUGGGACUACCAGCCCUCGCAGGAUCACCGCUCCUCCAAUACGACCGAGCAGAUCGCUGCUUCAUCACCUCCACAAAAAGGGCUCCCAUCUACCCUCGAGGCGGCACCUGGUGUCGUGCAACUGGUCCAAACCCGCAGGUCGUCACCCAUCAAGAACUCGUUAGCUACUACCAGAGACACCCACCCGCUCACCCAGAAGACAUAUUCAUCAUCCUACGAAUCGACGUUGAACCUAUACAAACAGCAGAAAGCGCACAGUCACCCAUCAACGAACAACCACUCGAACUUCCUGAAGUUCACUCCACCCGCACCAACCAAUGCACCGGUUGAAAUCCCUAUGGCAUCGUUCACCCAAGAAGACAUCAAUCAGCGCAUCGCUGUCGCCCUCGCAGCAUACCAAUCCCAACAGUCAACUGCCAACCGACCCCUCCGUCUCGACAUCCCCGCUCCUGAACCCUUCAGCGGGAAGACAGAGGACCUCAGACGCUUCAUCCAAUGUGUCCUCUCCUACUUCGUCGCCACCAACAACACCCGACUCAGCGAUGAAGCAAAGAUCGCCUUCACUGUAGCACUGAUGAGGAAGGAUCUGGGGAAGACAUGGGCGGACGCAUAUUACGAGAAGUCGGCAGGGGGAGUCCAGGUCUAUUCCACGUGGGCAAAUUUCGUUGCUGCCCUAGAAGAGGCGUUCCCUGAGCACGGAACGCGAAUCAAGGCACAUGAAAUCCUGAUGAAACUGCCUGAACGACAAAGGGAUAGGAAGACGGCACUCUCCCUCGGUAACUACGUCACCCGCUUCGAGCAGCUGGCAUCAAAGGCUCAGCUCAAGGACGCUGAGGUCAAUGGCACCAACCGCGUCGAGAACGACUACCACACUUUCCACGCCAACUUUGUCAAAGGACUCCCGAAGGAGCUGUAUUUUGCGCUCGCAACAAGGGUCGCUAGGGAUCGACCUAACACCAUGAAGGCCUGGUACGACGAAGUACGAAACACCGAUGCAGCCAAGCAGGGGGCUCUCGUCGUCACAGACACCAGGGACUAUGGCGAACCAAUGGAUAUCGACGCCACUGCUCUCCACAGGGACGGGAACCUGUGCUUCUACUGCCACAUCAAGGGUCACAGCGCCAAGGAUUGCCGCAAGAAAGCGGCUGCACGACAAGGGGGUGGGAGGCCGAACCAGGGAGGAUCUGGGAAGGACGACUUCCACGCCAGAAUCAAGACACUCUCCACUGACGAGAAGCGGGAGCUGUACGAAGAACUUACGAUGGAGGAUUUUUGA